GUCUGACGGUUAUGCGUGACGACGUGCGCGUGCGACUGCAGCUGCUGUCGGGUGCCUGGCUUCCGGAGGAGAUGUCGGUGGAAAGAACCAUCGACCAGCAGCCGGAGCACCUGCUGAUGCUGGCCAGCCUGCAAUUCGCCCGGCUGCAGAAGACGCUGGCGGAAAUGGGCCUUGCGCAGGUGCUCGAUUCGGCGCUGUUUCUGGCCGGUGCAACGCCCAUGGCUGAGUUGCGAAGCGAGCCGAUUGCCCAGGAACUGGCAGCUCUGGAUGAGCUGCUGGAGCGCGCGUCGGCAGCAGCCAUUGCCGUGGGGUCGGCGCACAGCGUGCAUGAGAGCGGCCAUUUGCUGGUGCUGGUGCGCGUAGUGGCCGAUGCACUGGGCAUGCGUAGCUCUUCUCCCACUGCAGCGGCGCGGAUUCUCGACAACGCCCGCAAUAUCACCGUGGCACGCGAGGCCGCCGUGCGCUAUCACGAUGAGUGCCCGCCGCGGCCUGUUGUGUGGCCGACUGAAAUCCUGCAGCCGCCCGGUGGUCACGAGGACGCCCGGGAGAUCGCCGAUGUUUUGCCGCAUGCCUGGGUGGUCUGCGGGUUGUCGAUAGACCGCACGCGCAACCUCCUGUUCCUGACACGGUAUGAGCGUGGUCGUGCGCCCGCCGUCCUGUGCCUGCCUAUGCGAGCCCUGCCCGCCGGUCUAUCGGACGAUCCAUCCGGGACUGUCUUUGACAAUGCGUACGCACAAAUGGCUGCCAUUAUUGCCGAGUCUGACCAAACCAUGAGGGUCGCCAAUGAGUGUAUCUCGGAUGCCGACAAGCUGCAGUGGUGGCAGCAGCGCACUGAGCUUGAUCGCCGGCUGGGCGCGCUGCUGCGCAGUAUCGAGGACGAGUGGCUAGGCGGGUUCCGCAGUCUGCUGCUGCCCAUUGGCGCCUUUGCCGUAGGGGACCCUGAGGCUGUAGGCAAGGUGAUCUGCGCGUGUGCUGAAUCUCACGUGCCGAUGACCAAUGGAGUGGCUCUGGCCGAUGAUGUGUGCCGGUUUGUUGCCUAUGCAGCGCGCGAUGCUGACAGCGACGACUGGCUGGAUGUCUGUGCCAUGCUGCUCGACAUGCUCUGCUACCGUGGGGGUAGCAUGUGCAGCGAGGAUGGUAUUAGCCGAUUUGCUGCUGAUCUGAAGCUGGCGCUGGCAACGGAUGACCAGCCCACGGAUGCUGCGGCACCGCGACAUUUGGUUCUGGUGCUAGACAAGCACGCGCAGCAGAUUCCCUGGGAGAGUCUGCCAUGUUUGCGCAGUCAUUCGGUGUCCCGUGUGCCGUCGCUGUCAUUCCUGCAGCAGCGCCUGUCCAAGCUGCAGCGCUCGCCGCCGAGGCUUGCAGGCCCGCUGUUCGAUACGCUCAAAGGGGAGAAGCCGGCGUUAUUGGCUGGAUCGCCGGCGGGUGUACGGGUCGAUGGCUCGCACGUCUACUAUGUGCUGAAUCCAGCCGGCGAUCUGGCCCGCACGCAGCAGAACUUUGAGGCGUACGUCAGAGCGAGCAGCACGUGGACGGGCGCCAUUGGGCGGGCGCCGAUGGACCACGAGCUUGCGCAAGCGCUGGCGUCGGAAUCGGCGGUGCUGUAUUUCGGGCACGGCGGCGGCGAGCAGUACGUGUCGCGGGCGCGGCUGCGCGCAUUGCCGCAGUGCUCAGUGGCCCUAUUGCUUGGGUGCAGCAGCGGCCGCCUGCGCCCGCUGGGCGAGUACGAUGCGGCUGGCACUGCCCUGGACUAUAUGGUUGCUGGGUGUCCGGCGCUGCUGGCUAAUCUGUGGGAUGUCGGCGACAAGGACAUUGAUCGCUUUGCGAAAUCCCUGCUGGCCAAGUGGGGGCUGGGCCAGGUCGGGGUGCUGGGCGGCACGAAGACCCCCGGGAAUAUGUCGCUUUCCGAGGCUGUCAGCGAGGCGCGCGGGGCCUGCCGUAUGCCGUUCUUGACUGGCGCUGCGCCGGUCGUCUAUGGCAUCCCGGCCUACAUUGAGUGAAAUCCUCAGUGUCCUGGUGGAUCACCGGGUGCCUUGAUCUCCCACGCGUAUCAGACGCGUCGGUGUAAUUUUACUUUGUCUCAUUCUUGAUCCUCUUUUAUACACGCAUUUCCUUUUUUUUCUUCCAUUUCUC